AUGAGGAUUGUCGAAGUAGUCAUCGACGGUUUCAAAUCGUACGCCGUCCGCACCGUAAUAUCAGGAUGGGACGCCACUUUCAACUCCAUUACCGGUCUGAACGGUUCUGGCAAGUCCAACAUCCUUGACUCGAUAUGCUUCGUUCUAGGCAUUACAAAUAUGAGCACGGUGCGAGCGCAAAACCUCCAGGACCUGAUCUACAAGCGCGGCCAAGCGGGCGUCACCAAAGCCUCCGUCACGAUUGUGUUCGACAACAGCGAUAAGAAGACCUCGCCUAUAGGCUUUGAGGAGUAUGCGCAGAUCUCUGUAACGCGACAAAUCGUUCUGGGAGGCACUUCAAAAUACCUGAUCAACGGGCACCGGGCGCAGCAGCAAACUGUCCAGAACCUUUUCCAGUCUGUUCAACUGAACAUCAACAAUCCGAACUUCCUGAUCAUGCAGGGCCGCAUUACAAAGGUCUUGAACAUGAAGGCUGUGGAGAUACUGGCAAUGAUUGAGGAAGCGGCGGGCACCAGGAUGUUCGAGGAUAGGCGGGACAAGGCGUUCAAGACCAUGGCAAAGAAAGAGAUGAAAGUCCAGGAGAUCACCGAGCUGCUGCGCGACGAGAUCGAUCCGAAACUCGAGAAGCUCAGGAAUGAGAAGAGGGCGUUUCUGGAUUUCCAACAGACACAGAGUGACCUGGAGCGGCUGACCAGGCUGGUGGUCGCUCAUGACUACGUCAAAGGGAAGGAGAAGCUGAGGUUAAGCGCAGAUGAUUUGGAGCGCAAGAAACAGCGUGCACUGGAGCUUGAGGAGUCGGCGGUUAGGCUGAAGAACGAGAUCGGGUUCUUGCAGGAGGAUGUGAAGAAGGUUAAGGCUGCGCGGGACAAGGAGCUUCGGAAAGGGGGCAAGUUCCAGGCCCUGGAGGACGAGGUCAAGACACAAUCCCACGAGAUCGUGCGGUUAGCUACUAUCAUCGAUCUUAAGAAGACGAGCACAACAGAAGAGGUGGACAAACGCGCGAAGCUUGAGAAGAGCGCCGAGGAGCUUCAAAAGCAACUGAAGGAAAAGGCGAAGCUCUACGACAAGUUACAACAGCGCUACGAAGCUGCUCAUACCGAACUUGCAGCACAAACCGCCGAGGUCGACAAGCAGGAGGAGCUCCUGCAGACUCUUCUCACUGGUGUAGCUUCUAAGGAAGGCCAGGAGAGCGGAUACCAGGGCCAACUGCAAGAUGCCAAGAACCGGGCGAGUGCUGCCUCUACAGAGCAGGAGCAGGCCAAGCUCAAAAUCGCGCACCUUGAGAAGCGCAUAAAAGAGGAGGAACCGCGAGCGAAGAAGGCGAAAGAGCAGAACUCUGGCCUACUAAAAGAUCUCGAGAGCCUACGGACGCAGGCAAAGAAACUGGAGGCCGACCUUAGCAAACUCGGCUUCGAGCCUGGCAAGGAGGAGGCGAUGUACCAAGAAGAGACGCGGCUACAGCAGCGCAUACGGGAGUUGCGAGAACAGGCUGAUGCAAUGAAGCGGAAAGUUGCCAACGUUGAUUUCAGUUACAGUGAUCCGACGCCAGGCUUCGACAGAUCAAGAGUGAAGGGCCUGGUAGCUCAGCUGUUUACCCUGGAGAAAGAGCACACGCGAGCGGGAACCGCACUGGAGAUUUGUGCUGGUGGACGACUCUACAACGUUGUGGUUGACUCUGCGGAAACUGGCACCCAGCUACUGCAAAACGGCAAACUUCGGAAACGGGUCACGAUUAUCCCACUGAACAAGAUUGCGGCCUUUAGAGCCUCUGCUGAGAAAAUUGGUGCGGCACAGAAAAUUGCCCCUGGAAAGGUCGAUCUAGCACUUUCGCUCAUCGGCUACGAUGACGAGGUGACUGCUGCUAUGGACUACGUCUUCGGCUCGACCCUGGUCUGUGAAGAUGCUGCAACUGCCAAGCGGGUGACAUUUGACCCUGCAGUCCGGAUGAAGAGUGUCACCUUGGAAGGGGAUGUGUACGACCCCUCCGGUACAUUAUCCGGAGGUAGCUCGCCCGAGUCGAGCGGUGUGCUUGUGACUCUACAGAAGCUGAACGAGCUCACAAAAGAGUUAGCUGCACAAGAGAAAGCACUCAGCGAUUUGCAAGCCACUAUGUCUCGAGAGAAGAAGCGAUUGGACGCUGCAAAGAAGACGAAGCAGGAGCUGGACCUCAAGUCGCAUGAGAUCAAGUUGACCGAGGAACAAAUUAGCGGCAAUUCUUCCUCUUCAAUCAUUGAGGCUGUAGAGGAGAUGAGAGCCAACAUCGCUCAACUCAAAGAGGACGUUAAAACCGCAAAGACUCGACAAGACGAGGCAUCUAAGGACGUCAAGCGGAUAGAGCGCGAUAUGUCCGAGUUCAGCAGCAAUAAGGAUGGCAAGCUCGCAGAGUUACAAACGUCGCUGGAAAAACUGAAAAGGACUUUGAGCAAAAACUCCGCCUCAAUCAAGCCGCUACAACAGGACAUGCGAGAUGCUAUGCUUGAGUCUGAGCAGUGCGGUGCAGAUCUGGCCGCAGCAAAGGAGCAGCUACAGGAUGCCGACACAACGCUGAAGGCCCAGCAGGAGGAGAUCGACUCUCUGAUGGCAGAACAGACCCGCGUCAAGGAUGCUCAUGACUUCGCUCAGGCACAUUUACACGACGAACAGGCCAAACUCACAGGAUUUGACGAUGAACUCUCCGCCCUCGACGAAGCCAUUCGAUCGAAGAACGCCCUUACCACGGAGGAGGGUCUCGAGAUGCAGAAGCUAGGUCAUCAUAUUGAGAAGUUUCACAAGGAACAGCAAGCUGCUGAGCAGACGCUGUCACAUCUCGAGAAGGAGCAUGACUGGAUAGCCGACGAGAGAGAGAGCUUCGGGCGCCCGGGUACGCCCUACGACUUCAAAGGGCAGAACAUGGCGGAGUGCAAGGCUACGCUCAAAAACGUCUCCGAACGCUUCCAGGGCAUGAAGAAGAAGAUCAACCCCAAAGUCAUGAACAUGAUUGACAGUGUGGAGAAAAAGGAGGUCUCGCUGAAAAACAUGAUGAGGACCGUCAUCCGAGACAAGCGCAAGAUCGAGGAGACCAUCCAGUCGCUGGAUGAGUACAAGAAGGAAGCGCUGCAGAAGACGUGGGAAAAAGUUAAUGGAGACUUUGGUCAGAUCUUCAAUGAGCUGCUACCUGGCAGUUUUGCGAAGCUGGAUCCGCCUGAGGGCAAGACGAUAUCGGACGGCCUGGAAGUCAAGGUCUGUCUCGGAAAGGUGUGGAAGCAGAGCUUGACGGAGUUGAGCGGUGGACAACGGUCACUGAUCGCGCUCUCUCUCAUCAUGGCUCUGCUCCAGUUCAAGCCUGCACCCAUGUACAUCCUGGACGAAGUUGAUGCGGCGCUCGAUCUGUCACAUACACAGAAUAUCGGCCGGCUCAUCAAGACGAGAUUCAAGGGCUCUCAGUUCAUCGUCGUCAGUCUGAAAGAUGGCAUGUUCCAGAAUGCCAACAGAAUCUUCCGGACCAGGUUCAGUGACGGGACCAGCAUUGUACAGGCGCUUACUCCAGCGGAUCUGAAGUAA